AUGCCACCAACAAAAGUUGCAGAAGCUAUGGCUGAUGUUGUUGAAAAAUAUAUUAAUGAACAUGAUGUGAUGAUCUUUUCGAAAUCUUGGUGUCCAUAUUGUAAAAAGAUCAAAGAAGCAUUAAGAUCGGCUAAUGUUGAGUUUUAUGCGAUUGAAUUAGAUAAAAUUGAUGACGGCGAACUAAUUCUAGCUGAAUUAAUCAAUAAAACAGAACAAGAAACUGUCCCUAAUAUAUUUAUUAAAAAGCAACAUAUCGGUGGAUGUGAUAAAACUCUUGAAGCAUUGAAACAAGGCCGAGUUGCUACUCUUCUUAAUACAACUGACACGGAAAUGAAACAUCAAGGAGUUGAUAAUGAUACUUUAGAUUCAUAUGAUUAUGAUUUGAUCGUUAUUGGUGGAGGAUCAGGUGGACUUGCAUGUUCAAAAGAAGCUCGAUCGUUUGAUAAAAAAGUUUGUGUAUUGGAUUUUGUUAAACCAACACCAAUUGGCACUACUUGGGGGCUUGGUGGGACAUGUGUUAAUGUUGGUUGUAUUCCAAAAAAAUUAAUGCAUCAGGCAUCAUUGAUCGGUGAAUAUGCUAAUGAUUCAAAUGAUUAUGGUUGGUCGCAGCUUGAAAAAGCUCGUCAACAUGAUUGGUCAAAGAUGAUACAAUCAAUUCAAACAUAUAUUCGUUCCCUUAAUUUUAAAUAUCGAACAGAUCUUCGCUCAAAAGAUGUUGUUUAUGAAAAUGCUUAUGGACAAUUUGUUUCACCACAUCGAUUAAAAUUAACAGAUAAAAAAGGUCAAACAAAAGAAAUAACAGGAAAAUAUAUUGUCGUAGCUGUUGGAGGAAGACCAAAAUAUCCAAAUAUUGAAGGCGAUACAAAAUAUGGAAUUACAAGUGAUGAUUUAUUUUCUCUUAAUUAUGACCCGGGCAAGACAAUAGUUGUGGGUGCAUCAUACGUUGCACUUGAAUGCGCAGGGUUUUUACAUGGAAUUGGUCGUGAAGUUCAUAUAUUCGUUCGUUCAAUACUUCUUCGUGGUUUUGAUCAACAAAUGGCAUCGAAAAUUGGAGAUUAUAUGUCAUCGAUUGGAAUUCAAUUUCAUCAUCAAACCAUUCCAACACGUAUCGAAUGUUUAGAAGAAGGAAAACCAGGCAAACUACGUCUUUAUUAUCGACAAACACUUGAAUCGGGUGAUAUUAAAGAAACUUAUGAAGAUUGUAAUACAAUUUUAUUUGCUAUUGGACGUGAAGCUUGUACACAAGAUUUAAAUUUGGAUCAAAUUGGUAUUCAUCUUAAUCCUAUUAAUGGAUUUAAAAUAAAAACUAAAGAAGAGCAAUCAAUUCAUGUUCCAUGGUUACAUGCUAUUGGAGAUUGUAUUGAUGAACAAACUAUGCCAUUAGGAAAACCUUUAGAAUUAACACCAGUCGCUAUUCAAACAGGUCAAUUAUUAGCUAGGCGAUUAUUUUCUACCAGUUCCAUUAAAAUGGAUUACUAUAAUAUACCAACAACAGUUUUUACUCCGAUAGAAUAUGGUGCAAUUGGUUAUUGUGAAGAAGAUGCUAUUUUACAACUCGGACAAGACAAUGUUGAAGUAUUUCAUAGUGAAUUUAUUCCAUUAGAAUGGGCAAUAUGCCAUCAUCGUGAAGAAAUUAAAGCAAAAUCAUAUUGUAAAUUAAUUGUUGAGAAAAAAACAGGUCGUGUUAUUGGAUUUCAUGUUUUGUCACCAAAUUCUGGUGAAAUAACUCAAGGUUAUGCAGUUGCAAUGAGACUGGGCGCUACGAAAAACGAUUUUGAUAUGACGGUUGGAAUUCAUCCAACAUGUUCAGAAAAUUUAACAACAUUAUCGGUGACCAAAUCAUCUGGUGAUUCAGUUGAAAAAGAAGGUUGCUGA